UCGAAGCCAAAAAGGAGUGCUUCGCUGACCUGGAGGGACCAAAAGAUGACCCCAACAACAUCUACAAGUGCGCUGACUCAGAAAAAUGUUGCCAAGAAGGUGGUGAACCAACGUGCUGCCGAGAGAAGGACACUGAUGUGGCAAUAUGGGAUCAGGUAAAGCUGUGGGGGACGCUGUCGGUUAUGAUCGUAGUCCUGGCUUUGAUCAUGUGGUACUGCCGCCACGACGGCGACUGCUGCGGGAACAAGAAGGGCCAGAACGACCACGGCUGCAUCUGGCGCUGCUGCAGGAAGAAGAAGGAAUCUGAGCCUGAGCAAGUCAAGAUGCCGGAGUCGCCAGGCAAGAGUGAACUCCCUCCCUACAGCGACAUCGACUUCGAACAGGCCUAAGUUUCCCAACCCAAAUGCCAUUAUCUGAAUCUUCCCUGACCUUCUACAGAUGCAUACGAACACACGAGUGCUCACAUAUUUACAAGCACG